AAGAGAAACUGAAGGAAGUAUUACAUGUCUUGCUGAUCAGGAAGCUGUUUCUGAAUUAUUUGGACAAACUACAUACAUAUGUAGUAAAAUCUAAAAAGGUUGAAACUGUGUGGAGAGCAUGGGUUAUGAUACUGAACGUUUCGUUGGCUACGUUAACGAAGGGCUAUUAUGCUCCAUCUGCCGCGAUGUGUUAGAAGAUCCAUUACAGGCUCCUUGUGAACACGCUUUCUGUACUGCUUGUAUACACGGAUGGCUUGUUCAUCACAGUAACUGCCCUGAAGACAGACAAAUGAUUGACGUAUCUUUGCUACGACCUCUCUACAGAUAUAUGAGAAAUGAUUUAAACCGUCUUCAGCUACAUUGCAAAAACAGAGAGUAUGGCUGUGAAAUGGUUUGUUCACUGGAGUCUAUAGACAGGCACGAAAGAGAGUGCGAAUACAGUCAGAUCGCUUGCUCCAAUGCCGGUUGUACAGUUCAGAUUGAACGACGUAACUUAGAUGGUCACCUGGCAGUGUGUGAAUAUCGGAGCCGUGAAUGCCCCAACGGUUGUGGUUACACCAUUCUCAGUGCAGAAGACACACAGCAUAAUUGCGUAGCAGAGCUAAGAACCGAGCUAGAACUCCUUCGGUCAGAAAUGAUCUGCAGAGUGGAGGAGGCAAAACAUGAGAUGGAGUCAAGGUUAGAUUCACAGAGAAGGCAUAUGGUCCAAAAAGAGAGCAUUCUGCAAAAUGAAAUUGAAGAACUAAAGAGUCAGAUGUCACGAAUGAUGUCAGAUGUACGCUCUCUGAUGGCUGCAGAGAGACAGCACCGUCAAGAACUGGAGCAGGCAGAGCUGGAAAAACGGGAAUUAAUGGAGCUGCUGAGGGGGCUGCAGAAGGACUGCCGAUUAACUACUACAGAAGGAAGCAGGAAGUCAACAAAUUUCCGCCCUCUAGCACGACUAGAGAGUGUAAAACGAAAACCGAGGGAAGUUACAGUUAUCUAAACAGAAGUUUAAGGCUACUUGAACAUUAAUAUCCACAACAGACGAAUAUUUGCACAGUCACUUGGACUUCGGACGCCUUUAUUAGUACUC